CCUGUAACAUCCAGAACUCUAUGUGGCGCUGUACAUUUUAAAUCACCUUCCAGUGGCGCAGAAGAAGAGAAUGAACAUUAUUUCCUGUUUUCUGCAGAUGCUGGUUGGGAACUGUAGCUUUUGUUAGUAUUCAGUUUUGACAUCUUUGUUGUGCAUUUCUGUUGAAGAAUGGCUGAGGAAGAGGAUGAUCCUGGCUUUGACGAGGAUAUUGAUGACGGAGGUAACGGUGCAGACUCGGGCCAGGGUAAAAGAAAGCGACUUUUUUCGAAGGAGCUUCGCUGUAUGAUGUAUGGGUUUGGAGAUGAUCAAAAUCCAUACACUGAAUCAGUGGAUAUCCUGGAGGAUCUGGUGAUCGAGUUCAUCACGGAGAUGACACACAAGGCGAUGUCUAUAGGGCGCCAGGGCCGUGUUCAGGUGGAGGACAUCGUCUUUCUCAUCCGCAAGGACCCUAGAAAGUUUGCGAGAGUGAAAGACCUGCUCACAAUGAACGAGGAGUUGAAGAAAGCUCGCAAAGCCUUUGACGAGGCAAAUUAUGGGUCUUAAAAUGGGCCAUUAUUUGUUAUGCUUUUAUUUUAUUCAACCCACGUGAAUAUGGUUACUUUGUUCCUCUGUUUGAGUUUUACCUGUUAUAAACAUUUGUACGGAAAUAUACAUCUUGCAUAAGUCCAGUUUUAUUAUUGCUCUGUAUUUUUUGUGUUGUGUGAUAGUCCAUAAGGAUAUUGUCUUAAAACACUGUGAAAUAUUUUUCAUUUAUUCCUGAAACAGUUUCAGUUUUGCAGUUUAAUGAACGAAUAAAGAUGCUUGGUUAAACAUUUAUCUAAGAAGACAAAAAGGCUAUGCUUUUAUACUAUUUUGUCAAACAUAUGUAUACCUUGAAUAUCCCAAGAAACAUGUCUCUUUUUAAUUAUGAGAGGUCUGUCUUUCUUUUUUCUUUUUUAUAAACAACCUUUAUAGCAUAAUACCUAAAUGACAGUUUGGCUUGUACUUAAACUAUGAUGGCAUUAUUUAAUACUGGAAAUGUUAAAUAUUUGUCUGUUAAAUAGUCCCUGAUAUUGGCUGUUCCCAGUAACAACGUGAAACAUUAAAAGCAGUAAAAAACAGAA